AUGGGGGGUGCACAAGCAACGCUCUGCUCUUGCUGGGAGCGCCAAAAGCUCCCAGCAGAUUUCCCACUUGGAGAACCCUGUGCCACAGAGCUCUCGGCAACCCCAGCCGCACCUGACGGAAGGGGCAAGGCCGAGGAAGAUGACAGGGAGGUCACCUUCAAAAUGUGCACGCGAAAAACCUUCGUGGAGUUGUGGGAGGUGAAAGAGGUCAAGAAGCGAAGCCGCAGCGUCCCCCGAAAUUUCAGGGCCUGUAGAGAGGGAGUCCCAGCAGCGAAUGCUGAGCAGCCCAGCAAAGUUCCCUCAGCGUCGCUUCCUGUGAUCGAUGACAACGUGCAGGAGACUGCUGACGAGGUGAGUGAGGUUCCUGCGCCUCAGCUGCUCGAUCACCCAUUCGAGCCAUUCCUCACCUACGAAAUGGUGUCAGCAGAUCGGCGGUGGAUGAGAGCUGUGGUCGGAUGGAUGCGCUGGAGAGACGUACCGGACAGGCCUCACGCCUGUGCGCACACAUGCACUGCAUGUUGCCAACUUGACAACGCCAGUUGGCGUAUGGCAUCCUGCGAUCCACAGAGAGUCUCUGGUCAGCUUGGAAGUUGCAAAGAACUGGAGAUCCUGCCCGUGUUGGCCGAGGAGUCCGAGGAGGAAGGGGAGUCCGAGGAGGAAGGCCCUGAGUGA